AUACCUUAUUAAAAGAGAUUUCUAAAUAAUUUGCUAUUACCAAAAUACCCAUACCUCACUUAUCUGGUGCUUUCAUAAUUCAGUUAAAAAAUUCAGAAAUCAGAAAAGCAAACUUAGCUGCCAAGAGGAAAAUAUUUCAUUCCAUGGGAUUUCUAUUGGCUAUCUCACGGUGACCUGGAACAAUACACCACAGCACAGCUUUCUUUCAGAAUCCAUUUAGGUCUAGGCAAAAAAAGAAACCACAUAGAAUGGAGCUCUGGAACUCAUCCUUGGGAAGUGACUUCGUCUUGAUGGGCAUUCUGAAUAACAGUGGGUCUCCUGAACUGCUCUGUGCCACAAUCACAAUCCUGUACAUGUUGGCUCUGACCAGCAAUGGCCUGUUACUCCUGGUCAUCACAAUGGAUGUCCGACUCCACAUGCCCAUGUACCUCCUGCUUGGACAGCUCUCGUUCAUGGACCUCCUCUUCACAUCUGUUGUCACUCCGAAGGCCCUUGUGGACUUUCUGCACCAAGAAAACACCAUUUCCUUUGGAGGCUGUGCCCUUCAGAUGUUCCUAGCACUGGCAUUGGGUGGUGCAGAGGACCUCCUACUGGCCUUCAUGGCCUAUGACAGGUAUGUGGCCAUUUGCCAUCCUCUGAACUACAUGGUCCUCAUGAGACCAAGGGUCUGCUGGCUCAUGGUGGUGACCUCUUGGAUCCUGGCAUCCCUGAGUGAUCUAGGACAUACCUUGUACACCAUGCACUUCCCUUUCUGCAUGUCCCGGGAAAUCAGGCACCUUCUCUGUGAGAUCCCACCUCUGCUGAAGUUGGCCUGUGCUGAUACUUCCAGAUAUGAACUCAUGGUAUAUGUGAUGGGUGUGACGUUCCUAAUGCCGCCUUUUGCUGCUAUCCUUGCCUCCUAUUCACUGAUUCUAUUUACUGUGCUCCACAUGCCCUCAAAUGAGGGUAGGAAGAAAGCCCUCGUCACAUGCUCUUCCCACCUUACUGUGGUUGGGAUGUUCUACGGAGCUGCCACAUUCAUGUAUAUCUUGCCCAGUUUGUUCCAUAACCCCAAGCAGGACAACAUUAUCUCUGUUUUCUACACAAUCGUCACCCCAGCCCUAAACCCUCUCAUCUACAGCCUGAGGAAUAAGGAGGUCAUGGGGGCCCUGAGGAGAGUUCUGGGAAAAUACAUGUAGGUGACACCCUCUAGGGAGGGUUCAUGGCUUGCCUCUUACCUUUCCUUCUCUUAGAGGAUUUGUGCUGUGAAUA